AUGUCUGCAAGAACACUAACUAGAAUAGGAGCCCUCAUAUUCGCAGCCGUCGUUGUGUAUUAUACCGGCUCAUACAUCUUCCAAAAAGGUAUCGUCUUGCAAGACUCUCAUCCUGUAGUGGUGUCUGUCGACCAGCCUCAACAGCACCAACCAGAAAUUCAAAUCGGAGCAUCAAAGAUUACCAAACAGCAACCUGUAUUGACAAAUACUACCUCAACCACGCCGGUAGACACAUCGUCCACUCCAACAUGCUAUUACAUAUCCGGAUUCGAUUCGUGCCCACACUUCCAGGGUGCCAAACAUCUAGGCGAGAGACUUAAAAAGCUGCCGAAUGUCAAGGUUGAGGUUAUUGGAGUUAGUAGACCUGCGUGGGAUUUUACGAGAUCUAACUGGCAGAAGGAGAUACCAGGAGCAAGCUCCCAUCGAACAUCGCCAUUCACGUGGCAAGGAUGUGACGACGGUGGCAAGUCCUUUAUAGGAGGCAAUGACAAAUUCCAAGCAUAUAUCCGCAGCAAACACCCUCAACUCUUUAAAUAA